UUUUGGAUAGGAUACAUUUCGCAAGUUUAAUCAUUUGAAUAAUUUUAGCAAUCACUUCCCCUUCGUUGUCCGCUUGUCUUCGGGGUAUCUGCCCGGUCGCGCGGUAUACACGCUAGACUGUCGUUCGUACUUCUCGAUGGUCCCGGGUUCAAACUCUGCCGGGAGGUUUAGACUAGUAAAAUAGACCUUGCGGUCUAUAGGACAGAUGGUGUAAAGCUCAUCUGUUUCUAUGGCCUACGUUUAACGAGGGUUUCAUGUGGCCAGCACAACGACCAACCGCCUUUGCUUGCUUUUCCCCAGCUAAUGUCAGGUACCCAUUAGAGCUGGGUGGACUCAGAGGCGUCCUCAAGAUCUCGAAAUUAAAAAUCUUCACCAGGAUUCGAACCCCGGACCACGGUUCGGAAUCCAAGCGCUUCACUGCUCAGCCACCGCGCCUUCGGGUUUAGACUAGAAGGCCUCCUGGUUGUAAGUUAUGUGACAACACAAUAGUCCCGGGUUCGAUCCCUGCCCACCUCCCUCGAAUGGCGUACUUAAGAUAUUUACGACUAGGAUGUUUUUAAUGUAACGUCUGAAAUGAACAAGUCAAAGUCAUGGGCGUCACUAGGAAGGACCAUAACACUGGAUAUUAAGACCACAUAGAUCAGAAAUGGAAGCACUACUGGCUCUGAUCUUAUCAGCACUACUAGCAAUAGCAUGUGGACAGACGAAUUCUGGACUUACUAUUCGCAUCUUAAGCACAGUUAAUAAGGAGAAACUGGACACGACUUUGUCAUCUGUUUAUGCCAACAUGCUCUUCCGGUCGUUGUGCAGGGCCCCAGGCAAUAAGGCUGUAGUGCGCUUCAACCCCGUGGAUGGAACCGCCGACGUUAUGGAUGAGAGCCAAGGGCUUGACAACGAGACCCUACGUGUCACCUCUUGCAUGUUCGAAGAGAUGGACAGUCACGUGACCUGCUCGGACACGCCCCACUUCUGCCAACUGAACAACGACUGCAUUGCGGAGAUCAAGUCCUCCUGCUCGCCGCACAACUUGAGGACCAUGCACUACGUCGACGUCACCGUCAGCACUGUGGACAUGCAUCUAGUGGUGGAGGACUGUAUGGUCCUCUGCGAAGAGGAAGGCUACAGAGAGGUGGACCCUUACCGAGGAGGAAACGGAAUCUCCGACUGGGCUGUGGGCUUGAUCAUCGCUGGCGUGAUUCUUGGAGCUUCGCUGCUGGUGGUAGGGGCUGUGAUAUGGAAGAUCAGAGACAGUAAAUUAGUUCGGGAAAACCAUCAUAAAAACCAUCACAUUAACUACGUUCGAUAACUCUUUAUUUAGAAACUAAUUCAAGAGAGAUAAUUUUCUCAAAAAACAUUGAAAGUUUUUUUUUUAUAAUGAAUAAAGAAAAAAUUAGUCGAAUUAUUUUUAAGAGCAAGAAGAAUAAUAUUAUGAGACUCUGUCACAAAUUAAAAUUGCAUUGAUUGGCAUAAGAAAAAAUAUUUGUGCCUUUGAAUAAUACAAUGAAGUGAUGCAAAUCGUCAGUACGUACGCUCGCGUACGUUCGCUAUGGUGUACGACUAUUCUGAAUCACUACACUCAAUUGUAAGUACACAUAACAGAAUCCACCUCUUUUUUAUAUUAAUAACAGUCGAUGUAUGGUAAUGUUUUACAAGACUCGGCCAAUUAAAGGUGUAAGUUAAUGUAACUCUUUUUAAAGAACUUAUAAGAUUGUAAUAGAUUGAGAUAAUUCUUGGUAAAGAACUUCAAUAUCAGUGUGUCAAAUCAACUGAGAUGUUAUCAGUCCGAGAGAACAAUUUUUUUUUUUUUUGCGUCUUUAUAUUUUAACGUAAGCACGAGUUUCGAGAACCGAGAAUAGCCCUCGGGCCGUUGUUAGGACAUCAGUGCUAAAUAACUUGACUACGCCAGAGAUUGGUGGAAUCCUUCAGCUCGAUUAAUUAAUCAGACCAGUGCAUUUACAAUGAACAAAGUGACCUGUAAAUAUAUUUAGUAAUGUGUUUAAAAAAAAAACACAUUACAGUCAAUUCGGUUUAUCGGAUCAGACGCUUAUUUGGAUUGAGUCCUACAGCAGCCUACUGGAAAAUUCUUGUAACAUUGAAGAUCAUCUUUUAAUAGUGCCAGCUAACGGCCGUGUCAAGAGUACCUUUUGUUUAUGUUUCUUCUGUUUUUGUAUCCUCUUGUUUCCACUAUUACAAUAUUUAGAACUAUGAAAGGAGUUUUGUGUUUGGAUUUCUUUCGCUGAUAUUAAGUAAAUAGAGAAUUUUAAAUAAACAUUAUCUCUUUAUCUUUUCUCUUAUUUUUAUCACCUAAAAUAUAUAAUAUUCUUUUUCAAGCUAUGAUCUAUACAUUUUAUGGCGUCAACAGAAUGUGUCCCAUUGAAAUAGUCUGCUACUGUUGCGAUAUUAUUAAAACGCCUGGGUGUUAGAAUUGUGAAACGAUUGAUUAAUGGAGUCGCUACUGCGUUCAUAGCGCGAGACUCUAUAACCUCUCUCACAGGGUGCAGAAGAUCGCUACCUCUACCUCAUCAUCAAAUUAAAUAGACAUCUUUCUUAAAGAAUUGAGUCCAUUAACAUUGGAAUUGAAUGAAUACAUACGAUGUUAGUUGUUCAGUCUGUUUUUUAUAUUCUGAUUUAUAAUGUUGAAAUGAACGCUGCAGUUGUCAAUUAUGAUUAUGCUUUUGUUUUACAUGAUUUUGCUUUUGUUCUAGAUGAUUAUGCUUUUGUAUUACAUGCUUUUGCUUUUGUUCUAGAUGAUUAUGCUUUUGUUUUACAUGAUUUUGCUUUUGUUCUAGAUGAUUAUGCUUUUGUUUUACAUGAUUUUGCUUUUGUUCUAGAUGAUUAUGCUUUUGUUUUACAUGAUUUUGCUUUUGAUCUAGAUGAUUAUGCUUUUGUUUUACAUGAUUUUGCUUUUGUUCUAGAUGAUUAUGCUUUUGUUUUACAUGAUUUUGCUUUUGUUCUAGAUGAUUAUGCUUUUGUUUUACAUGAUUUUGCUUUUGUUCUAGAUGAUUAUGCUUUUGUUUUACAUGAUUUUGCUUUUGUUCUAGAUGAUUAUGCUUUUGUUUUACAUGAUUUUGCUUUUGUUCUAGAUGAUUAUGCUUUUGUUUUACAUGAUUUUGCUUUUGUUCUAGAUGAUUAUGCUUUUGUUUUACAUGAUUUUGCUUUUGUUCUAGAUGAUUAUGCUUUUGUUCUCGAUCGUCAUGCAUUUGUUCUAGAUUAUGCUUUUGUUUAAUAUGAUUAUGCUUUUGUCCUACAUGAUUAUGCUUUUGCUCUAGAUUCUAGAUAAUGCUUUUGUUCUAUAUGUUAAUGCUGUUGUUCUAGAUGAUUAUAAUUUUGUUCUACAUGACUAUUCUUUUGCUCUAUAUAAUGCUUUUGUUCUGAAUGUUUAUGCUGUUUUUCUAGAUGAUUACGAUUUUGUUCUAGAUCGUCAUGCUUUUGUUCUAGAUUAUGCUUUUGUCCUACAUGAUUAUGCUUUUGCUCUAGAUAAUGCUUUUGUUCUAUAUCAUUAUGCUGUUGAUGGAUGAUUAUAAUUUUGUUCUACAUGAUUAUACUUUUGUUCUAGAUAAUUAUGCUGUUGUUCUAGAUUGUUUGGCUGAGGUUGUAUUACAUUGUAAUUUUUUUUUAAUGAAGAUUGUUACCAUUAUUAAUAUUCCCUAAAUGCUACAGUGUACAGGAAAUGGAUCAUUAGCAGAAUGUCAAGGUAAUUUACAGGUGUUUUGUUCCUGAUGGACAUAGAGUGACCCUCACCUACUUGAUCUAAUGAACUCAAGGCGGAUAAUUUCUAAUCUAUUCUUCGCUUCUCAUCACAAAUUCUUUUUACAAAAGAAUGUUUUUUUUUUGUAAUUAAAAUUAUAUGGUCAAAGGGUGAUGUGGGAGUAUCAAUCUAGUAAUGUGUGUAAAUUGGGAAUGUAUUAAACAUGUUGGAAGAUGUAUUCACUCGCAACUAGAAAUAAACAAUUUGGUUUUGAAAUGAACAAUUCUUAUGAAAAUUUUGGUACCGUUAAUCGCUGUUAGACAGUUGUAGAAACAAAACAGAGUAAUUUAAUUUUCUAAGGAGAGAUUACCUUUCAUUGUUAUCUUCAUAUACAAUAAUUGAGCAGUAGUUUCCCUUGAAUAAGUCAUUUCUCUAGCUGUGAAAUGGAAUACUGAGUGAUGGACAAUUUGAAUUUAAGGGGAGAUCACUUUCCAAUGGUUUUGAUAUUUUAACAAUUAAGCAGUACUUUCCCGUCAAUAAAUUUUGAUUUUGCAGUCUAGUAUUUCCUCAUAAGGUAGAAAGAAAAUUUAUAAUGCAUGAUUCAUCAAUGCACAGUCUUAUAUAAAUGAUAUGUUACUUAAUUGUUAAUAUUUCGAAAUUUAUAAACCCCUUAACACUGUUAUGCAGUGUUUAUAUGUUUAUUGUAAUUAACAAUGUUCACAGUUGCAAUACAUUCAUGAACAAAAAUAAUUAAAAAAUAAUCAAUUUAA